GCCAAACCAAACUGAGAAUAAAUCACUUGACAGCUGUCAAAUCGGUCGCCAUCUUGAACAGUAAUGCCAACUUAAAGUUAUAUACUUCGAAAAAAAACACCCGUUAUAUACACUUCCUAAAUAAUGGUGAAUUUAGAUCUUGAAGUGAAUGAAAAACUUUUUUGUUGCUAAUUAGAUUUAUUUCUUUUUCUUUCGCGUAUUAUUCAGAUUCCUUGCGUGGAGUCUAUCAUUUAAAUUUGAAUAGCAAUGGUUGCGACUAUGGGUUCUUGCAUAUAAAUUACUGAAAAAUUGUUUGAAAAAGAUAUACGUUGAGAUGUUCUUGAGAUAUAUUGAAUUCUCAUGUUAUUACUUUUUUCUACUGAUAUACAUGUGCAUACAAUCUCCUUAUAUGUCCAAAAGUCGGCUGCUUGAGGUCAAUCAAACGAUAGUUUGGUUGACCUGUAGUUGAAGGAAUCCUUGAGCAUCGCCCUGUAUUGAAUGAUCGAUUAAUUAGGAUUGCUCUUUUUUUGUCAGGAAGAAAUUCAGCGGUCACUGAAAUUCGAGGUCAAAAUACCGGUUGAUUUGAUGGAUUAAAAACAACGGAACAUUGAGAAAAAUUGCUGAACUGUAAUCAUGAAAUUUCAAUCUGUUCGCGAAUUCAGUUAACUAGAUUCAAAUAAUUCAAACGGAUAUUUUUGUGCCGAAGAAGAGUUGAGUUAAACAACAUAAAAUUUAUAGAGUGUCGAACAAACAAUGAAGCAACAAUGGAUAACACUGUAUUAUUCAAUACCCAUCAUCAUUUCAAUGUUGAACUGUGCUCAAUCUUUUUUGCCGCCUUUGCCUGGAUACAUGUACAAUGAAAUUCCAUAUCGAUAUACACGAGAUUCUCAAGAAAAUACAGAAACCUUCGACUUCAUCAUAGUAGGCAGCGGAUCUUCCGGUUCAGUGUUGGCAAACAGACUGUCGGAAAUAUCGAAUUGGAAAGUUCUUCUUUUGGAAGCGGGGAAUGCAGCGAAUGAAAUGAACAAAAUACCUCUUUUCGCACCAGCUUUCGCCGCCACUGGAUACAACUGGAAUUACACAACCGAGAGGCAGGAAGGUAUAUGCGAGGGUUUGGUGAACGAAGUUUGCCCUUGGCCUAGAGGAAAAGCUUUAGGAGGAUCGACAAUACUAAACUAUAUGAUAUACACGAGAGGAAAUCCUGAAGAUUACAAGAGAUGGUCAGAACAAAACGAAGGAUGGUCCUACAACGAAGUCUUGCGGUAUUACAAGAAAUCAGAAGAAUGCCGGUUAGAAUCUGCAACAUGCAGUGACGGUUUCCAUUCCUCUAGAGGUUAUUUGAGCGUCGAACGGCCUUAUUCCUCAGUGUUGACAGAUGCUUUCAUAGAAGCAGGCAUUCAAAUGGGUUCGAAACAGGUGGACUACAAUUCGAUAGAUUUUAUGGGUUUCUCCAAAAUGCAAGCGAACCUCAAAUUUGGCAGACGACACAGUGUUGCUGACGCUUUUCUCCUACCUGUAGAGAACAGAAAAAAUCUAAAAGUCCUAACAGCAGCCAGAGUGUUGAAAUUGUUGAUAGAUCCCACAACAAAAGAAGCUUAUGGAGUCGAAUUCAUUAAAAGAGGAAAAAUAUUCCAAGUGAGAGCUGAAAAAGAGGUUAUUUUGUCUGCAGGUGCUUUCAACUCACCACAAUUACUCUUAUUAUCUGGUAUAGGACCAACCAAGCACCUCCAAGACAUAGGAAUCCAACCCAUAGUUGACCUACCGGUUGGACAAAACAUGUACGACCAUCUCUCUUACAUCGGCCUGGCCUUCAAAAUCAAUCAAACGAUACAACCGAGCGUUUUGACUGUACAACCGGCAGCAAUUCUCGACUACCUCUUCAACGGUAAAGGCUUCCUCACUUCGCUCGGGGGAACAGAAGCCUUGGCAUACAUCAAAACCAGCAUGUCUAAAGAACCUCGGAAUUACCCUGACGUCGAGCUCAUCUUCAGCGGUAUCGGAAGUUUACAAAGUGACUAUGGUGUGGUUAGCGUGCCUACUCUAGGGAUAAAAAGGGAGAUAUACGAAAAAGUAUAUAAGCCAAUAGAGAACACGCCUUGUUGGUCCAUACUUCCGAUGUUACUCCACCCGAAAUCCAAGGGAUAUCUGAAGUUGAGAUCGAAAAACCCUUUUGACUCUCCACUAUUAUAUCCCAACUUCUUCACGGACCCUGAGGACCAAGACCUGAAAACCAUGAUAGCAGCAAUAAGAUUCAUCAUAGACUUGUCUAAAACGCCAGCAUUUCAGAAGUUUGGUACUGAACUGCACGAUAUACCCUUGCCAGGCUGUGAGCAGCAUCCCUUCAAUAGUGACAGUUAUUGGGAGUGCUGCUUGAGACUUAUAGCGGUUACUUUGCAUCACCAGAUUGGGACUUGCAAGAUGGGAAGAAGAGAAGAUCCAGAGGCUGUGGUUGAUAACAGAUGUAGGGUACACGGAGUGAAGAGGUUGAGGGUAGUGGACACUAGUGUUAUUCCAGUUACUUUAUCUGCCCAUACAAGCGCCCCUGCGAUGAUGAUGGGGGAAAGAGUUAGUGACAUGAUAAAAGAGGACCAUAAUAUGUUAGAAUUUUAGGUAUUCGGAGCUCCACUAACUCAGCAGUGGGUGUAUAAUAGCAUUACGCUAGGCUUGGCCUCU